AGUUUUUGAGGACUAUGGGGUGGCCAGACAAUCACGCAGCCGCAGGUAAGAUCGUGAGAUCAGCCUGCAGAUUGGUCACACCUGGGCCUGAUCUGGACCCCGUGGGAGGAGAGCUGUGCUCACUCACAGCACCUAACUUCAUAUACGACGUGAUUGUCAUUCCCUCUGAAAGAUACUGCAAUGCCCAUCCCCUCAGGAGACAGGUAAAUCUCACCUGACGUUAUCUGUGAGUACAGAGUGUGAGCAUCUCCUCUGAGGAUCAUUUUUCUCUCCGGGGUCAACAAGUGUGAUCGUACCAUUAUGAGAGCGCCGCCGUUGCAGCGCAUGGUCCUUACGCUGGGGAGUAUUGGGCUCCUAAUUUACAUUGGCGUGUUUCUAAAGGGUGGACAUGAGCAGUUAGUGGGGACUGGAAAUGACCUAGACGCAUCACGCGGGAUGGAGGCUAUUUCUGACCUAGAGAAGAUCGUCAAUGGUAUCUGUGAGUAUCUUUCUGUUGUCUCGUUUCGUGGUUUUGUCUGGCUUGUUUGAGGGUGAAUUUGGCAUUUUCUCCCACUGCUAAUUAUGUGAAAAUAUGAAUGUAUUUCAUAGCUUUUGCACUUAAAAUAAGAGGAUUGACACACUCAAUACUUUAUAUUUUCAUAUUUUAGAAAAUUUUUAAUUGGUGCUUUUUUUCUGGGUAGAGAGAAGCCUUUGUUAAGUAAUUUUUGUGGAUUUUAGAUGAAACCAUAUCUUUACAUUAGUUACUGUUCCCAGCCUACAGCUCAAUAUUGCAGAAAGUGAUCAUGCCUCUGCCUCAAUUCUUUCAAGACAAAGUACUCAGUGCUUUGGAAAAAAAACAGGAUUCCAUGCAGAAACUACUGGAAGAGGACAGGGACAUUCACAGAAAGUCUUCAGAGGCCAAAGAGCUACCAGUCAAAAAACUGCCAGAGCAGAAAGAGCAAAGUGACACAGAAAUCAAGGACCAGAAAGAGGCUCAAAAAGAUAAAAAAUCUAAAAAGCUCUUCCCUGAGUCCGCCCUAUUCAAGGAAUGGGGAGCCAAUCUGUCUGAGGACGACCAAAGAGAGGCACAGAGUUUGUUUGUGAAGUACGGGUACAAUGUUUUUCUCAGUGACCGUCUUCCUUUGGAUCGAGCACUACCAGACACCAGAGAUCCAAGGUACACAUUAAAUCUCUUUUUUUUCACUCAUGUCAGACUGCCAUUACUUGUUCUGCACAGAGAAACAUCAUGAAACUCAUUCCAUGAUGACUCCUCCUACUGCACAUAAAUGAUACAAAAAGUCAAUGUUCCUACUUAAAAAUGCAGGAUUUCUCAACAGGUGUAAGAAUAAGAUAUAUCCAAAGGAUCUGCCGAGUCUCGCAGUCGUGCUGAUUUACCUGGAUGAAGCUUUAUCUAUUCUAAAGAGAGCCCUGCGCAGCAUCAUCGACCGAACCCCCAAAGAGCUGCUUAAGGAGAUAAUAAUGGUGGAUGACAACAGCUCUAAUGGUAGGAUGGUUACACACACACACACACACACACACACACACACGCACAUAGACAGACAUAAAGAAUACCGCACAGACAUAUGGUAUCUAUAGGGUGGAAACAGGAUGAACUUGUCUUAACAUGCAAUUACCAAUGUUCCAAAUAAAGGUUUUAUUUAAGUCUCUGACUACGCAAUCAUACAUUGACUGGAGGCUUAGUAAGAGAGCUUACCUUAUUACCCAACUGUUUCCUAGUGUGAUUUUACACAUUUAAAAACACUGUUGGCAAUUUGAUUUCAUCAUAUUGAAUACUACAUGUCCCCAACCUCCCAUGGGAUGUGUACAAAGUCCUUCCAGAUGUGAGAGUUGGAGACUUCACAGACAGGGGCCUCCACCAGACAUCCUCAGUUCACUCUCAUUACAUGUUUGGGUUUGCCAGGUCUGUCUGACAGCCUCCCCUGCUGUCUGAUCCAACUCACUACCAAGUGGUGCUCAGUUGACAGUUAUUUGGUGCACUCAACAGUCAGAGUCUUUCCCUUUGCAACCCAAAGUUGCAAGGAGGUGACUCUCUCGUUCCCCAUGGAAAACUCCAACUCUGAGCUUUUGAGCUAAGAUUGCGGGCUAGAACCCGUACCCAAACCUCAGCUCCUUCCAAAAGUACAACAUGUCUUCUUCUGCAUGUGAAAUUUGCCUUAACUGAAAUCGCUCUUCUGUCUUUUUUUUUUUUUUUUUAAUCCAGAGGAUCUAAAAGAAGAUCUGGACUUAUAUGUGAAGUCACUGAUGCAGCAGAACCCGGGUCUCAAUUUUAUAAGAGUUCGGCACACAGAGCAGAAAGGCCUCGCUUUUGCCAGGGCUUCAGGGUGGAGAGCGGCAACUGCUGACGUGGUGGCCAUCCUGGACGCGCACAUCGAAGUGCAUCAGAUGUGGUAAGACUGGUGAAAAUGUCUCUACUGUACUCUACUGCACCUUGACGUUUUAGUUUAGAGUUCAGUUAUAGUUUAAUGAACAAUAAGUGGUUAGGCCUUAGAUGCUGCAAGAAUAUUUGUUGCCUCGGGCUGGAUAGUUUUUUAGGACCGCCCUGUAGAGACAAUUAGGUAUUUUUGCAGCCAUCAUCUACUUCCAGCACAACCACAACCUGAGAAAACUCCACUUAAUGAUGGAUUAAAGCUCUUGCACAAGUUGAGGCAAGGGAGGUAUAGAUGGCUUAAGCUCUUGCACAAGAGAAGGCAUGGGAGGUGCAAUAACAGUUAGUCACCAACAAGUCUCCUUCUGCACCAGCUGCUCUGUGGCAGUUGUAAAAAGUGGUAAAUAGCAGAAUUUUUCUUCUCUUGACUAAAACAACCUGUGGUACUGAUGAUGCACAGCUGUCUCAACACAUUUAAGUUUGUAGGAAACCCCACAUUUAAAAACUAUUUCAGAGCCUUUCAGUGUCUAUUAGAAUUAGACAGAUGAAAAUCUUUGCCACCCACAACCCCAUUUCAAAAAAGUUGUGACACUGUGGAAAAAGUUGAUUUGAAAACCAGAUUUUAUUUUUCACAAAUCAUUUCAACAUCGUCCAAAAAAAGUGCAAGACAACAUAACAUGUCAAUGCUGAAAAUUCUCAUUUUGAAUCUUAAUGUCUGCAAACACGUUACAAAAAUUUGGGACAGGAACACCAAAACAUAAAAAGAGUUGGAGAGAUGUACCAGAGUGCUUUGGAGCAACAUAGGCUGCCACCCAGACAAUGACCAUCAUAUUUCAGCAAGACCAUGACAAACUGCAUUUUUUUUUCACAGCCUUUUUAGAAUUUGAGUUCUAGGUCACUUUGGACAGAGGUUCCUGCUAGAUGAAAUUUUUCCCAUGCAGACUCACAUGAAGCCCUUCUUUGGUUCAAGGAUGUAUGUUGUGGUUGAACUUGUUCAUUUCUUCCCCUCACUCAGGGUUGAACCUAUGCUGACUCAGAUCAAAAAGGAUCGAACAGUGGUGGUGUCUCCUGUGUUUGACCGAGUGAACUUCGAUGACCUCAAGGUGAUCCAGUACCUUCCAGCAGCGCAUGCCUUUGACUGGGCUUUAUGGUGUAUGUAUGAGGGGUUUUCUCCUGACUAUAUCAAACUCAACGACACCUCGCUACCUGGAAAGUAAGUUGGGAUCACUCUGAUUGCACUACAUGUUUGGACUAUGGAUACUAAGAGUACCUUGUUUUGACUUCAGGAGUCCAUCUGUCAUGGGCAUUUUAGUAGCCGAUCGGAAGUACCUUGGAGAAAUCGGAGUUCUUGAUGAGGGGAUGAAAGUUUACGGUGGAGAAAAUGUCGAGCUGGGGAUCCGUGUGAGUAAGCCUCACCUUUCCAACAUGAAACUUACACGUGAUGGCGCAAGCCUUAGCAAUAACAAGCUCACAGUUUCUGGUUUUAGUGUAAUUUUCUCUCCCACUUUGGAACUCACAAGUCCCGCAGCAAAACCCCACCAGUCUUGGAAAAAAACUGAACCAUGGUCUGGUUCAUGCCCAGUGUAAAAGCAUUAUUUUGUCUGCUUUUCUUCCACUUUUUUUAGGUGUGGACAUGUGGAGGCAGUGUUGAAGUAGUCCCGUGCUCAAAGAUCGCACACAUUGAAAGAGCCCACAAGCCCUACAUGCCUGACCUGAGUAUGGCCAUGAAGAGGAAUGCCCUGAGAGUUGCAGAGGUCUGGAUGGAUGAAUAUAAGCACAAUGUUAACUUGGCAUGGAAUUUACCAUUUGAGGUACUUUGCACUCUAAACCUUUUUAUGGCGUACUGCAUGCACCUAAUCUCUUAAACUCACAAGAGCUUACAAGUUUUAGUUUAAGGAGUAAAAUUUUGGGGGUAUUCUCACUGUCCCUCAUCUGUUAAACUACCAUGAAGCAUUGUAAUUCUGUCUAUUACAACAUCCCAAAUAAACCUUUACAUGUAUUUUUUAAAGAAUCAUGGAAUCGACAUUGGGGAUGUCUCGGAGAGGAAAAAACUCAGAGAAAGGUUGAAAUGCAAACCUUUCAAAUGGUACCUGGAAAAUGUGUAUCCCAAGUUAGACUUCUGGGAUGACCUACUCGCCUACGGAGGAGUAAGCUUAAUUCUUUUUUUUUUUUCUCCCUACACUAGGAGACCAGCCUGCAGAUUAAAAUUUUAUUCCACAAAUGUGAGACCUUGUCUUAAAACAGCUGUUAAAGGUCUUUGUUUUAAAAUGUUCAUUUAGAAUUAAAAGAAAGGAAUAAGUGGUUAAGUGACGAUAUGAUACACACAGUAAAAUAUAGUAACUUUAUUGCAGACUGAAGUCUCUGUGGAAAGUACAAACACGCACACAUCCACAUUAUAAACACAUUUAUCCCCAUUGUGCUGCAUGAUUACAAACUCUGACGAAGCUCAGUCCCCCCCGAUUAUGUCAGUCAAAGAUGCCAAUCAUGCUUUAUACUGAACUUGACUAACUGGACAGAUUGUGCCCCCUACUGAGUACAGGAUAUACCAUCUGAAACAGAACAAUCCACCAUGUAUCAGCUCAUUUCCCUCAUAAAUCAUCUGUGUUUUAACUGAAUCAGAAAACUUUCACACACAAAAUCACAAACUCCUUACAGAUGAAAAAUCUUGAUGCUGAAAUGUGCAUUGACCAAGGCCCUGUUCCAGGACACACACCCAUCGCCUACCCUUGCUUCUACUAUGGACCCCAAGUACGUUAAAUGAUCCAUUAUCAGGCUUUUAAAAGUAACAACUGAAAGUCAAAAACAUUGUGUGGACAUUGAGAAAAGCCAAAGAUGGCAAUAUUCUGUUGUUGAACUUUUUCUCAUUUUUAGCACACGUUCUUUCGCAAGACUGGUGAACUCUACAUUGGUGGCAUGAAGUCCCACAAGUACAAUGAUAACCGGUGUUUAACAGACACCGGCAACAAAGAAUCGGAGCCUGGUUUGUACAACUGCAGAGAGGCGAUGCAGAAAGGGAUGGGGAUUUACUGGGACUUCACACAGGUACUGCAGAAUAAACUAUUAUCAAAAUGACGUGAGAUAGUUAAAGAGGAGACAGAACAUAGAGAAUCCUGGUCUAUGUAGAAGAAUAUACAGUUGAAACUGGAAGUUUACAUACACUAUAUAAAAAGGCACAUAACCUUUUUUUCCUCACUGUCUUACAUUAAAUCAGAUUAAACUUUUCCUGGUUUUGGUCGAUUAGGAUUUCCAAAAUUAUUUUUAUAUGCUAAAUGCCAGAAUAAUGAGAGAGAGAAUUUUUUUAGACAAUUUUUUAGUACUUUCUCGAGAGUCAAAAGUUUACAUACAUUUCAUUAGUAUUUGGUAGCUGCCUUUUAAUUGUAUGACUUGGGUCAAAUGCUUUGGAUAUGCCUGCACAAGCUUCUCACAAUAGUUUGCAGGAAUUUUGGCCCAUUUCUCCGGACAGAACUGGUGUAACUGGGCCAAGUUUGUAGGCCACCUUGCUCGCACAUGACUUUUCAGUUCUGCCCAUAAAUUUUCAAUAGGAUUUUUCUUGGAUUGAUAUUCACAUUUUGGACUAAAGCACGUUCAUCUCUGAGACACAGAACGCGUCUCCUCCCUGAGUGGUAUGAUGUCUGGACAUUACCAUGGUGUUUAUACUUACUUACAAUUGUUUGAACAGAUGAAAGUGGCACCUUCAGGCAUAUGGAAAUUGCACCCAAGGAUGAACCAGACUUGUGUAGGUCCACAGUUCUUUUCCUGAUAUCUUGGCAGAUUUCUUUUGAUUUUUCCCAUGAUGUUACAUAAAGGAGCAGUGUGUUUCGGGUUUGCCCUAAAAGAUGUAGACUUUCCCAAAUUAUUUAAAGGCAUAGUCAUCUUAGUGUAUGUAAACUUUUGACUCUCGAGAAAGUAAUAAAAAAUUCUGUCUCUCAUUGUUCUGGCAUUUAGCAAAUAAAAAUAAUUUUGGUAAUCCUAAUUGAUCAAAAACAGGAAAAGUUUAAUCUGAUUUAAUAUUAGACAGUGAGAAAAAAAAGGUUAUGUGCCUUUUAAUAAAGUGUAUGUAAACUUCUGGUUUCAACUGUGUGUCAGUGCAUCAAAUCCUCAGACAGAAGAAAAUAGAUGAGUUUAUGAUGGCACGUGUUUCUGAAAACUUUGAUAUUUGUGUAUUAUGUGAUAUGUGUUUUAUUUUCCAGGGCAAAGAAUUGAAGAACAGGCAGACAAAAAGAUGUCUGGAGAUUAUGAGAGGAAAACUUCUGAUCAAGGAAUGCUCUGGUCAAAGAUGGGAAAUCCAAAACAUCAUUAAACCAUUUUAAUAAUGUGACCAUGAACAAGUUCACCUCCCAGCUUUCUGAGUCAUUUUAUCAUUUUUAUUUUACCUUAAAUUCAUUAGAUAAAAACCCAUUGAGAACAGGAUCUCUUUCACAAGGGUGACUUGGCCUGCAGGCCAUAUCAUAAGAGGUUUGCAGCACAUAUAAGAAAAGAUACAAAGAAGUCGCAGCAUAGAUUAAUACAUACAAUUUUGGAAACAUAACAGUGUUUUCAAUAAGAGGUGUGCAUAGCAACUCGUAAUGUAAUUACAGCUCAUACUGUAAUAACUUAAAAGUAAUAAAAGUUCAUAAUGUAAUAAAAUCAUGAGUGCUUAAUGAAAUAACAUCUUUGCACAUAAUGCAGUUACUUAUGAUAUUAUUAGUCAUAC